AUGGGUACCCGCAACAUCGAGUGUCGUAAAUUUUCGCCAAACAUCUUCAACAAGAGCAAAUGUACGCACUGUUUCCGGCAGCGCGAGGAGCACAGCGCGGCCGCCCUGGAAUGCAAUCGGGCGACGCGAAAGGUGUCAAAACGUGGAUACUUGUUCGUGGCACCGGACUGGGAUUUCAGCAACCCGCUGUACAGAACAAAGCGAUGGCAGCGAAGGUGGUUCGUGCUGUACGACGACGGAGAGCUGACGUAUUCGGUAGACGAACACCCCGAAACGAUACCGCAAGCCAUAAUCGACAUGACGAAGGUGCUGGAGGUGACCACGGCCGACAACAUCACCAGCCAUCCGCACUCGAUCGCCAUCACCGCCCCGGAGCGGGUCACCUUCGUCAAGGGGACCUGCCCGGACGAGACCAAGUGGUGGUUCAACGUGCUGGUCGCCUUCCCCAAAUCCAAGGGUCGCCACAAACGAAAUGCGACCUUUCCCGGUGGACAGGCCACGACGAUCCUGCAGGCGCAGACAGUGUAUAGCGAGUCGCAGGCGCAGAUUUCGGGCAAAGGCGCUCCGACGACGCGGGACAAGCUGGUGGCCCAGCUCGACGGUGGGAAGGCGCAGGCGCGACUCCGUGCCCGCCAUCAUCGAUCAUCGCUCGACGUCAGUGAUUCAGGUGAGCAAGACGAUAUCGAUUCUGGCAUUGAUUCGCACAUCGAAUCGGGAGCGGCAGCGGCCAAAUGUCUUCUACUGGACGGCGUCGGCGGUGGUGUGGCCGAGCUGCGCACGAGGGACGAACCAAAGCUGAAGGAUAUCGCCAACACGCUGACGAACGGGCUGAACCGGUGGAGCAGCCCCUGCAUCACGGACAGUCUGUCACUCAUCGCCGGGCUCGGCGACCACCUCGAGAAGCCGCAGAGCGCGCAGGACGAAAACACGGUCCCGGCGCACGUAGGCGGCACUCCGCUGCAGAUGCGACCCCAGUCCCUCACGUUACCGUCCAGUGCGCCUGCCAUCGUGUCGGCGAUUGUGAAGAAAAUCCCGACGUCCGCCGGCGGCGGCAAGACGGCCGGCCAUCAGGGACCGCCACCGCCCCCACCGCUCGGUCAGCUGAGCCUGGCGGGGCUGAACUCUAGUCUGAAGCUGAAGCCUAGUCAAACGCACGAGCGCGGUGACCCGGACGGCGACUGCGGGAUGGACGAGGCGCCCGCGAGCUAUCUGGGCAAAAACUCCGAGCACCGGGUGUCCGGGUCCGAGCCCGAUCUGCUGCACGCGAAGAAGGGCUGGCUGCAGAAGCAGGACGUGCGGGCCGGCGACUGGAGCAAGCACUGGUUCACGCUGCGCGGGGCCGCCCUGUUCUACUACCGCGACCCGGUCGCCGAGGAGAAGGGCGUGCUGGACGGGGUGCUGGACGUGAACAGUAUCACCAGCAUCGCCGAGGUGCCGGUCAACAAAGGCUACGGCUUUCAGCUCACGACCUGGGACAACCACCGGAUCGUCCUGUCAACGGGCACCAUCAACAUCCGAAACAAUUGGAUCAACGUGCUGAAGAACGCGGCCGGACUGCCCCCGUCGAAGGCCACGCUCAACAACAACAGUCUCGGGCUGAGCAACCAGAACGACGACAACUUCAAGACGUUACCGGACCAGCAGACGGUCGGGCCACCGGCAGCGGCAGCGCCCCCCUCAUCGUUGCCGCUCGAAAUCGAGCUACUUGCAGCAGCAAGCGAAGUCGAGCAGCAAAGGCAGGCGCUGAAAAAGAAGAGCUCGAAACUGCUCGAGAAAAACAACAAUUCGAGCGGGCUGCUGCACAUCGAGGGUGUCGUCCCGUUAGCGAACGGUCCGGACGAGGAUGUGGUGGACACGGCCCCACCGACCCCGCGGAAGGAUGUGGUGGUGCACCUGUCGGUCCGAGGGCCACCGAAGGCCACCGAGCCAGUGGACAGCAGCAGCAGUAACGGAAGUAAUAGUAAUAGUCAGCCUCAACCAAAGUCGGUCGUGCAGUCGCCCGUAACGCCGGUCACGCCCAAGUCGCUGCUGUUCUCCUCGGACGAGGAGUACCGGACGGCGUCGGAGGGUGGCCGGCGGGACAGCGUCGGCGACUGGGGUUCGCCGGUGUCACCGUCGCCCCCGUCCGUGCCGCUGUGCGCGGUCGCGCGUACCAAAGAUAGGUUAAGAACGUCACCAGCAUCUCCGGGCGUCCCCCGGAGUCUGCACAAGCGCAGCCGUUCGUCGCCGCCGUCCUCCCGGCGCAGCACGCUCGAGAGUGCCCCGACGGACGCACCGAUCAUUAACACGUCGCUGCAGGAGGAAGAAACGGGCCUCGAGAAGGAGCUCCAACUGCGGUUGCAGGCCGCCGAAAAGGAGCUGUCGAUGUUGCGCGAAGAAACGCACGAACGGGAGGCCCGAAUGUCCGAGCUGCUCACGACGCUCGAGCGGACGGAGCAGGAACUGACGCGCAAGCGCGAGCUCGAGGAAAACCGCGAGAAGCUGAUGGUCCAGCUGCAGGAAAGCAGGGCCGCCGGACAGGACGUUAUCGAACGGGUAACCCACGAGCUGAACCGAAGCCGCGAUAUGACGAAGGACCUGGAGGAGCGGUUGGCGCGCGGGAUCGAGGAGAACGAGUCGCUGUACCGGAAGCUGCAAGAGUUCGGCAUCACCAGCCCGGCCUCGAGCAUGUCCAGCCUGGUGACGGCACCGAGCACCCCGGCGACGGUGGCAGGGCGCAAAAUGAAGCGCAUGGACUCGUUCAGCGAUCUCACGUUCCUGUCCGAGAUCGAUCCGGGCGCCCUCGACAAGGACCAGCUGGCGGACGAGUACCGCGAGCUGCGGGCACGCUUCGAGCGGGCCGUCAGCGAGCUGAAGGCGAUGAAGCGCGAACUGAAGGAUGCCCACGGGCUGUACGACGAUCUGGAGAUCGGGUACGUGACGCUGCGGAAGGAGCUCGACCGGCAGGUCGAUGCGCACGACGCCCAGUCGCGCAUGAUGGCCGACCGGAUACAGGACAUGACGAACAAGUACACGGCGGCCGAGAAGCAGGUGCGGCUGCUGAAGCAGAAGAUGGUCCGCUCGGAGAAGCGCCGCUCGUUGUCGCUCAAGGGCAAGGAAUCGCUCUCGAUCCAGAAGGAACUCGAGGAGAAGGUCAGCGAGCUGGAGAGCAAAAUCGACGCCCUGGAGGCGGGUGUACCGAGCCUGCCGAAAGCGGUCGCCGUCGAGCUGGCCGCUCCCGAAGUUGCGGUCGCCGUCGCCGCAGCGGUGGUCAGUCCGCCGACGAAACGAUCCUCUUCCGCGACGCGGUUACGCCGCAAAAGCCUCGACAGCGCGUCGUCGCAACCGAUGCAAGUGUUGCUGCGAUUGAACAACCUCGAGAAACGCGUCGAAGGUGUGCAGUCGGGCGGCUCCGAGUUGGCUGCGAAGCGUGAGGUGAGCGAGUGUGAAACGACCAGUACGGCUUCCAGCGCGAGUCCCGCUCCGUGUGGCGUCCCUCCGGCGGGACGGGGUGUUCCCGAGCACCUGAUGGAUCGGCUGAAGAGCCUCGAAGGGGUGGUGAUCUCGGUGCGCGAGCUAGUCGACCAGAGUGUCCAGCAGUUCCAUCACCUCCGCUCGGCACGAUCCCGUCGCUCCGUGUCGCCCAUGGCCGACAAGAAGGACUCGUUCCGGUUCAUCGAGCGCUGCCUGGCGGAAGUGUCAAAGUUGUUGCGCGAAAGCUGCGACAACUGUAUCGUCCAGGAUGGCAGCACGGCAAACGGACCGCCGGCCAGCGUACUCGUCCUACCCGACUCGAACCCCAUCAAGCUGGCCCUCAACCAGCUGGAGACGCAGCUGAAGAACAAACUGUCCGAUCUGCUGAAGCAGCGGCGAAUGCUGCGCGAAACGAACGGGCUUUCGCCGCGCAAGGACAUGGAGCUGCUGGCCGAGCGGAUCGCGUUCGAAAGUGUGUGCUUCGGUCGGCUGAGGCAUGCGCUCGAGCGUGCCGACAAUCUGCAGGAGUUCGAGGAGCGUCAAACCAAAGUGGAGGUGUGCGAAACGAUUCAGCUGAUGUCGCUACUGAAGGCCAAGCUGUCGGGCAAGUGUGCGGUUCGGCCAAGCAGCAGCGUGGACGUGCUGGCGAGCGUGUUGGCCCGUAAGCUGAUGCUGUCGGCCGGACGGACCAGCACGAUCCGUACGCUUUCGUUCCCGCCCAUCGGCACCACGCUGCUGGACGAUCUGCUGCGCCAGCAGAACGAGCUGCACCUGAUCGCGAAACGCUACAAGACGACCGCGAUGGAGAACCUGGCGUACGGACUGGCGGCCGAAACGCUCAGCUACAUCUCGUCAUCCCACGAAACGGUGCAGGGCGCGGUGCAGGAAGCGUGGCGUCAGGCCCAGGAAGCGGUCAACGCGGAGCUGGUACAGUCCGAGAUCGCGCACAUUAUGAUGCGGAACGCGCAGCGGUACGAGAACUCACUGGCACCUGCCUUCGGGUACGCGCUGUCCACGCAGGAGCGCAUCACCUUCGAAACGUUCGCCGAUGCCGUGCACGAAGCGUUGCGCCGGGAGAUGGACGCGGCCGUGGCGCAGUUGACCGAGUGCUACGAGGAGACGCUCGCGAAGAUGAAGCGCGGCCAGUGGCGGCUGCACCUCGAGCAGGAACGCAAGCCGAGCGAGGGGCGCCAGCUGUUGGGCGAGUUUGCGGACAUUAUCGCGCACAAGGCGCUGAUCGAUGCGCGCGUCCAGGUGCUGAAGGGUGACUACGUGCCGUGCCGGAGGGGCCCGGAGGAGGGGCCCGGCACGGCCGGCCGGGUGUUCGGUGUGGCCGCGCUGAAGCAGUACGAGACGCUGUACACCGAGCUGACGACCGAUCUGGAGGUGACGAACGCGGACGACAUCCUGGCGGAGGCAGAUUUCAACUUUAUGUACAAGUACUUUACCAGUGAGCACUCGCUCAACAAGGCGGAAGUGAAGGAGGUGGCCGCCAUCCUGAACGAGCUGGAACGGUCGGUGGUGGCACUGCAGAGCAAUCUGCGGCCACUGGAGGUCACGGCGGUGACCGCCACCAUCGAUGUGGACAGUCUGCGUAGCAUCCACGGGCGCUGUGUCGAAAUCCAGCAGCGGAUCGAUUCGCUGAUCACCGCCGCCAAGCAGCUGCAGCAGCGCAGCGAGCAGUGCGCUAAUCUGCAGGACCGCUUGCAGCAGGUAACGGAGGACCACGAACGGGAGCUGGCCACGCUGAGGAAGGAGAACGAGCAGCAGCUUGCGCUGUUGCAGCGGCAGAUCGACGAGCAGCAACGGCGCAUUCAGGCGAUCGACACGGAACGGGUCGAGCUCCUGGAGAAGCUGAACAACGAGCGCAAUCUGUUGAAGCAGAAGGAGAAGGAACUGCACGACGCGGCGGUCCGGUUGACGCGCGUCGAAGCGGCCAGCAACGAGAAGGACAAGGAGAUCGAGGAUCUGCUCGAUAGCUACGAUCAGGAGCACCGGAAAGCACGGGCGCUCAAGGAUCGGUGCGACGAGCUGGCGGACAGCUGCCGCCGGACGGCGGCCGAGUACGCCGAGCUGGAGAAGGAGCGGGACUAUCUGUUCGAGGAGGUGCGCAAGGAGCAGGAGCACGUGAAGAAGCUGGAGAAGCACCUCGAGCUGCUCGAGACGGAGCACGCGCAGCAGGUGGACAAUCUGCACGCCGCGUACCGGGAGCAGCAGAUGGCGAACGAGCUCGACUCGCAGAAGGACAAGGACGACGAGGACAGCUUGCGGUCGCGGUACCAGGCCGAAAUCGAGCAGCUGCGGGCACUGUGUGAGAAGGGAUUGGCCGCCAUGGAGGCGUCACAUAAGCGCAUCAUUCACGAUCUGGAGGAGAAACAUCAGCAGGACAUCGGAAACCUCAUUCUGGAGAAGGAACAAGCGCUGGCCGAAGAAACACAGGCCACACUGGCAGCACUGGACGCCAUGAAGAAAGCUCACCAGAACGAGGUUCAACGCGAGGUGACCCGCUUCAAGCAGGAAUUUCUCAAACAGUUCCAAAAGGGUGGCCAACCACCGCAAGCGUUCCGCGAGAAAGAGCAAGAGCUGGAAGACGUGCGGCUGGAGAUACUGUCCCUCUCGGAGAAGUACUCGCUAAAGUGCGUGGAGACGGCUUCGCUGGAGGAGAAGCUGCGCAUCGCCACGCAGCAACUGAAAUGUUCCCAGCAGCACAUCCAGCAGCUCGAUGUCAGAAACAAACAACUUCGGGCUCACUUCAUCUCCAACCAGGCGGAGGAGACGGUUUCGGCCCCACCGCAGACCGCCAGUAACGUCGUAACGCCAAAGGAUAUCAAUCUGUUUAGCAGCAGCGCGGAGCCAAACUAGGCGUAGCACCGAUCUUCUCUACCUCCACCACGACGACCUCCUCGGCCGGCGGCGCCUCGGCGGCCAUCCUCGAGUCGGUCAACCUGGCCAGCAGCACCAACAACAACCGAGCCAAAGUUCUCAAC